UCCGCAGGCAAGGUCUACAAGGGCCGGCGCAAGUUCACCGGGCAGACCGUCGCGCUCAAGUUCAUCAGCAAGCACGGCAAGUCGGAGCGCGACAUGCGCAAUUUACGCCAGGAGAUCGCGAUCCUGUCGGCGCUGGACCACGAGAACGUCGUGAAGAUGUUCGACUACUUCGAGACGGAGCGCGAGUUCUGCGUCGUCACGGAGUUCGCGCAGGGCGAGCUCUUCGAGAUUUUAGAGGAGGACGGCACGCUGCCCGAGGACACGGUGCGCGACAUCGCCCGCCAGCUCGUCAAGGCCCUGCACUACCUCCACUCGCAGCGCAUCAUCCACCGGGAUUUGAAGCCCCAGAACGUGCUCCUGGGCGCGAACGGCCGCGUGAAGCUCUGCGACUUUGGGUUCGCGAGAGCGAUGUCCAUGGACACGAUCGUGCUCACGUCCAUCAAGGGCACGCCGCUCUACAUGGCGCCGGAGCUCGUCAAGGAGCAGCCCUACGACCACACGGUGGACCUCUGGAGCCUGGGGGUGAUCCUCUUCGAGCUGCUCGUGGGGCAGCCGCCGUUCUACACGAACUCGAUCUACUCGCUCAUCAACCACAUCGUCAAGGACCCCGUGGUCUUCCCGUCCCACGUCUCGGAGCAGUUCGAGUCCUUCCUGAGCGGCCUCCUCCAGAAGGACCCGCGGAAGCGGCUCGCGUGGCCCCAGCUCCUCGAGCACCCGCUCGUGCAGGACACGGCCGAGGACGAGGCGCGC